GUGGAAGCAACUCAUCUACCGCGAUGCAGCGCGAGGAGGAGUUCAUCUACAGCCACAUGUCCACUCUGGAGAGGGGUGGUGGGUCACUGGGACGACGGGGUGACGGCGGAGCAGACAGAAGGCCAUACAGGGAAGAGCGGGACAGCUACACGGUGGACGUGAGGGCCAGUGACCUGCAGCUGGCCCAGCGUGAACCUCUAAAGCUGAAGCACCCCUGCUUCAGCUGCAGAGCAUGGCUCUACAGCGUCCUCAUAGGGGGCAGCCUGCUCAUCACGUCUGGUUUCUCUCUGUACCUGGGCAACAUGUUUCCCGUUGCUAUGGAUUACCUUCGAUGUGCUGCAGGUUCUGGCUUCCCUGCAGCAAUCGCAAGUUUUGCCAUCGCCAAGAAGAGACACGUGGCAGUGUCAGAUUUCCAGGUGGUCUACGUGUCAACAUUUGCUGUGACAACUACCUGCCUGGUUUGGUUUGGGUGCAAACUGGUCCUGAGCCCAUCGGCUAUCAAUAUAAAUUUUAACCUCAUCUUGAUGAUUCUGCUGGAGGUCCUGAUGGCCAAUUGCGUCAUCCUGUCCGCCCGCUCUGCAGAGGACUGCUGCAGCAACAGGAAGUCAGUGAAGUUUGACAGACCUGCAGCUCGAACCCCUGCAGUUUUCCCAACUCGGCUGCUUAAAGCAUAUUCUGUGAUUGAAGUGAUUGUGGGAAUCUCCGCAGUAUUUGGAGGGAUUAUCGCCCUCAACAUGGACGCUCUGUUACCUGGUCCCUAUUUGUCUGUCACAUUUUUCUGGAUCCUUGUAGCUUGUUUCCCCAGCGCCAUCGCCAGUCACGUCGUGUCAGAAUACCCCAACAAAUGUUUGGUGGAGGUGUUGAUCGCUGUCAGCAGCGUAACAUCACCGCUGCUCUUUUCAGCCUCUGGCUUCCUCUCUUGCAGUGUGAUCAGCUUUGUGGAAAUUUUCCUGUACGACGUGCCCACGGCCAAGAAAUCCUACGACAUCUUGCUGCUGAUUCUGCUGGUGCUGCUGCUGGUGCAGGCGGUUCUGACUUCAGCCACCGUGGUGCACUGCGCCUCCUACAAGAGCCUGCUCCACAGGGGGGCCGCAGAGGCCGACCACAGCACGCAGACUGCGACUCAGUACUCUGAGCGAGCAUCCAACGGGACACUGCAGGAUUUUGACAAAGACAAGGCCUGGAAGGCAGUCGUGGUCCAAAUGGCUCAAUGAGCAGUCUGUAGCAGGUUUUUAUGAAAAGUGGGACAAAAGCCGUGAGGUAACUCACUGAGAAAACUGACAGCAGGAAGA